UCCCGUCAAAGCUUUACUAAAAAACCUUUCAUAAAAAACCCAUUAUCUCUCCCUCCACACAUUUGUGUGUUUUCUCUUUUUCUUUUUUGGUAGCGGUAAAUUACUAAAUUACACCAAAGAUCUUGACUCUUUCAUUUCUUAUAUGUCUAGUUGAAUUUCGAUUUUCUUUCAUGUUUUGUUAGUGCAUCGUCAUGAUCUUGAAAAUUGUUCUAUUUGCUUUUGCUUCACUAUUGAUCUGGUCUAUUUUUGACCUUGAUGCUUUCCUUUUUCUUGCCUGUUGUUUUUCUUCUUUCUAGGAUAUUGAGAAUUUUGUUGCUUAGGAAUUGGGAAUUUUGAUGAUCUGGUGACUUUUUGGUAUCUUUUGUGAAAUCGCAUAUUUGUUUUAUUCUUGAGAGAUCAAAGGUGGAACAACUUGAAGAAAAGGUGGAAACUAGAAAAGAUGGCUAACAAUGCAGCGGCAUGUGCAGAAAGGGCAACUAGUGAUAUGCUGAUUGGUCCUGAUUGGGCUAUAAACAUUGAGCUUUGUGAUAUUAUCAACAUGAAUCCUGGACAAGCAAAGGAUGCUCUUAAAAUUAUCAAGAAACGCUUAGGGAGUAAAAAUCCGAAAAUACAGCUCCUUACACUAUUCGUUCUUGAGACCCUGAGCAAAAAUUGUGGAGAGAAUGUUUUUCAGCAAAUUGUGGAGCGUGACAUUUUAAAAGACAUGGUCAAAAUUGUGAAGAAGAGGCCUGAUUUAAAUGUAAGGGAGAAGAUUUUGAUUUUGAUAGAUUCAUGGCAAGAAGCUUUGGGAGGGCCAGGGGAAAGAUUUCCCCAGUAUUACGCUGCAUAUAAUGAGCUGAAGGCUGCAGGUGUAGAGUUUCCACCUCGAGAAGAAAAUAGUGUACCUUUAUUUACACCACCACAAACCCAUCCGAUAGUCCACGCUCCUUCAGCUUAUGAGGAGGCUGCAGUUGAGGCCUCUCUUGAGUCCGAUCCUUCUGGACUCAGUGUUGCGGAGAUUCAAAAUGCUGAGGGGCUAGCAGAUGUCCUGACGGAGAUGCUUGGUGCCUUGGAUCCAAAGAAUCUGCAGUCUGUGAAGGAGGAGGUGAUAGUUGAUCUUGUUGAACAGUGUCGUUCUUAUCAGAAGCGCGUGAUGAUUCUUGUGAACAACACUGUAGAUGAAGAUCUGCUAUGUAAAGGAUUGGCACUCAAUGACAAUCUUCAGCGCGUUCUACUUAGACAUGACGAUAUUGCUAAAGGAACCUCAACAAGUAUUGUACCGCCCAGAGAAACUCAUGUUGCACCCCUUAUGAAUGUGAAUCAUGAGGAUGACGAGUCAGAAGAUGAUUUCUCUCAUUUAGCGCGGAGAUCUUCAAGAGAUCCAUCACAGGGACAGGGGCGGAGGGCUAUUGAUGUGAAGAACGAGCCUAUGCGAAUUACUCCUACUCUUCCUCCCCCACCUUCAUCAAGGAGACCAGUUUUUACAGAAGGGAAAAUGGUUGAUUAUCUCAGUGGUGACAGGUUUGAAUCUGAAAGAUCAUUGGGAACAGAAGGAUCCUCAUCUAUUGCUGCUUCAACUAAUUCAAACAGUGCGAACUCCAUCCCGCAUUCAAGUCCCAAGUCAUCUUUAUCUGCACCCCCUCCGGAUGAUUUGCUAAAUCCAACUGCUGAUGAUGACUUCCUGAACCCCACUGCAUCUAUGUUUACUGGAAAAAGUAACCACAACGAAUCUGAUAAAAAAGCCAAAUCUGCCGAUCACUUGCCUCCAGUACCUUGGGAUGCUCCUCCUGCCACACUUCCUCCACCACCAGCAAGAUAUGAUCAGAGACAACAGUACUUUGAGAAACAUGUUUCUGGUGGUUCUCCUCCCCAAAGAACUGGUUCGAGUUCUUAUGAUGGCUUAGUUGGACAAACAAAGAAUCUCUCGAUUAAUUCUUCUUCACCAUCCAAACCAGAGAAACCUGAGGAUGCACUCUUCAAAGAUCUUGUUGAUUUUGCAAAAGCCAAGUCUUCGCCAUCUUCAAACCAAUCUAAUAGAUCAUUUUAAGUGACUUAAAUGAAUAUGAAUAAUUUGUGGUGGUGUAUAUCAACUUUGACAUCUAGUAGCAAUAAAUACUAAAGAGGACUGAGUUUAUGGAUUACAGGAGUUGUUCCCUCUGGUUUAUUCCAGUUGGGCUUACAGCCCUUAGGUGAGUGAUAGUGUAGCUGAUUUGACAUUUAUAUUUUGAAUCAUAUAAGGUUGUCAAAAUUUCUGGUUUUUUUAUUUUUUUGUUUCAACUGAUUUGUAAUCCUAACAAUACUUGGGGUUCUAGUAUCUCUCAAUUGCAGGGAAAAAUUCAUCUA